GACGCAAAUUUCUGGGGCCGGAGUUAGGGUCACGUGACACUGGUUUGUCGGGAGGAUCAUCGGUUUGCCAGCUUGUAAACGUGGAAAUAACAGUUUUGCUUCGCCGGGUCGCCCUGUUUUUUUAGGAAUUGAUCAUGUCUCUGGAAGUGGAAUCAGCAGACGUGAUCCGGUUGAUCAUGCAAUACCUGAAGGAGAACAAUCUGCAGCGUACACUGGCCACGCUGCAAGAGGAGACCACCAUCUCCCUGAACACGGUGGACAGCAUUGAGAGCUUCGUAGCUGACAUCAACAGCGGCCAUUGGGACACGGUCCUGCAGGCCAUCCAGUCCCUGAAACUUCCUGACAAGACCCUCAUCGACCUCUAUGAGCAGGUGGUACUUGAGUUGAUUGAGCUGCGUGAGCUGGGGGCUGCACGUUCCCUCCUACGGCAGACGGACCCCAUGAUCAUGCUGAAACAGACCCAGCCGGAGCGCUACAUCCACCUUGAGAACCUGCUGGCCCGGUCCUACUUCGACCCACGGGAGGCGUACCCAGAUGGGAGCAGCAAAGAGAAGCGGCGGGCCGCCAUUGCCCAGGCCUUGGCGGGUGAGGUCAGCGUGGUCCCGCCUUCCCGUCUCAUGGCGCUGCUUGGCCAGUCGCUGAAGUGGCAGCAACACCAGGGCCUCCUCCCCCCGGGGACGACCAUCGACUUAUUCAGGGGCAAGGCUGCUGUGAAGGAUGUGGAGGAGGAGCGCUUCCCUACCCAGCUCAGCCGUCACAUAAAGUUUGGACAGAAGUCGCAUGUGGAAUGCGCAAGAUUCUCCCCCGACGGUCAGUACCUAGUCACCGGCUCUGUGGAUGGCUUCAUCGAGGUCUGGAACUUUACCACCGGCAAAAUCCGAAAGGAUCUGAAGUACCAGGCGCAAGACAACUUCAUGAUGAUGGAUGACGCAGUGCUGUGCAUGGCGUUCAGCCGCGACACGGAGAUGUUGGCCACGGGGGCUCAGGAUGGCAAGAUAAAGGUGUGGAAGAUCCAGAGCGGCCAGUGCCUGCGCAGGUUCGAGCGCGCACACAGCAAGGGCGUCACCUGCAUCAACUUCUGCAAGGACAGCGGUCAGAUCCUCAGUGCCUCCUUCGACCAAACCAUCAGGAUCCACGGGCUGAAGUCGGGAAAGACUCUGAAGGAGUUCCGCGGCCAUUCUUCGUUCGUGAACGAGGCCGCGUUCACGCAGGACGGACAUUACGUCGUCAGCGCUUCCUCUGACGGCACAGUGAAGAUCUGGAACAUGAAGACCACGGAAUGCAGCAACACCUUCAAGUCCUUGGGAACUGCGGCUGGCGUUGACAUCACGGUCAACAACGUGAUCCUCCUGCCCAAGAACCCUGAGCACUUCGUGGUGUGCAACCGGUCCAACACUGUGGUCAUCAUGAACAUGCAGGGGCAGAUCGUAAGGAGCUUCAGCUCCGGUAAGAGGGAGGGCGGAGACUUUGUCUGCUGCACACUCUCACCCCGGGGGGAGUGGAUCUACUGCGUGGGAGAGGAUUUUGUGCUCUACUGCUUCAGUACAGUCACUGGAAAACUGGAGAGAACCCUGACCAUUCACGAGAAGGAUGUGAUCGGCAUCGCCCACCACCCACAUCAGAAUCUGAUCGGCACCUACAGUGAGGAUGGACUUCUCAAGCUCUGGAAGCCGUAACUUUCUGCUAAUUUUGAGUCUUUUUUUUUCCAUAUAUAUUUUUUUUGGACAGGGCGAAAUUUGUAGUGGGGGGGAUAAGACAAGUUAAAUUGUAGCAUCAUGGGUUUUUUAAAAGGAAAAUGUACAGGGUUAGUCAUACUUGUUUCUUAUUGGACUGAAUUUCUUACAGUUGGUUUUCUGUUUCUCACAGAAGAAGGUUUUUUGUUCUCAAACAUGUAUUUCCAUUUAUCGAUUUGAUUAAAUCGUUUCCUUUUUAAUCGCGA